UAGCAUCGCCUGUUCUCGCGGCGGAUAACCCAGUCGAAACGGAUGACAACGACAUGGCCGCUUCGAACCUGCGGCUUGCCGGCUGCGGGUCUUGGUCCAACAGUGCAUCAGCAUGUCAAUGCUUUGCGCACCCACCGCUGCAGACAACGCUUCUUCUCAGCCAACACGGCGGCAGUGCGGCAGUCCCGUUGCCGCCCAGGUGUCCAGUUUUCGCCGCGUGGCCAGGUACGGCCUACAAAUAUAAACAUUUCAAACGUCUUCUCAUUUGACCAUUUUGUGGCGCAAGGUGCGCUCGUCAGGCCAAGACAGCCCGCCCGUGCGCCCACCUACAGGUUGCCCAGCUGGUGUUGUGUGCCUGUGCGUGUUGCAUUACACGAAUGCGCCUGACGUAGGCAUGGUGUCACAGGGACGCGCCGAGAACUCGCGGGCGUGGAGAGUUUGACCAACCAACCGACGACCGAGAGAGGCCACCUCAAUCAUUAACCUUUGCGUUCUAGCUCCGUUUGUGAAAUUACUGUCAUAGCGCGCCGCAAACUUCAAAUGUAUUGUAGUCCAUUGACAAACACAGACGCGUUAGGCCCUUCCGGUUGCUGCUAGCACUCCUUGCAAACGACCACCCGCGGUAGGUUAUCACUGUUUAUCAUAUAUCCAAGCGACAGACUUAAGUGGAGCUGCAGCGACAAAGGCAGCAAGAGACCGAACGUGCAUUCAGCAGCAGCCGCGGCAGCAGCGGGUUCGCCUUUCUCGCCCGGCGUCGUCGGGACGCUUGGUUGAUGGAGCCAAUGCGCUGCGACAGCCCAGCUCCAUCGGAGCGACCCGGUCCCAGUGGACAAAACGUGAGCGCGCUCCGGGACUCCGGUCCAGAGCUCCCGGGCUCCAGCGCGCCGCUGAACAACAUGCUUCGCGACAUCGUCCAGCACCUCCUGGACCACGCGCCGCACGCUGAGUUCUUCCGAGCGACGCCAUCGCCUGUCAUCGUCCACGACUAUCGCGACUACGUGUCGGCUGACGCCGACGUCACUCUCGGCGGCAUGCAGGAGCGGGCGGCAUCUCAUGGCUACGCCUCCGUUUCGCAAUUCCGGGCCGAUCUGCACCAGCUGCUCCGCAACGCGGCUGCUUACAAUGGCCGGGGCGGCGGCAAGCACGCCUACGAGCCCGUCAUUCACUGGGCGGUCGACCUGUGUGCGGUGGCGGAGGAGCGGCUGGGGACGGCGCUGGCGGCACAGGCCUCUGCUGACCUAGACCUUGCGGCGCAGCAGGCGCCAUCAAAAACCGCCUCCGCGCACACCACCAACACCACCGCCACCGAAGGCGAGCAACAACAGCAGCUCCAGCCGCUCAAGGAGCAGCGCAGCUCGCCCGGCGGCGGCCGGCCCAAGCGGCCGGCGCUUGAGCUGCAGGUGCCGCCCAGCUCCUUCGCAAGCGCAGCAGAAGCCGCAUCCAUAGCCUUUGGCGCCGGCAGCGCAGCCGCAGCCAGCACGGCGGCAGCGGCGGCCGCCUCCGCCCCCGCCGCGCCGUCCGCUGUCGCAGUGGCUGCCGCCCAGGCUUCGGCUUCACACGAUGCCCCGCAGCUGAGCUCGCAGCUUCCCACGCCCAGCCACGCAUUGCACCAGCAGCACCCGCUGCCGUCACCACAACCGCGUGGCGGCACGGCGCAGCCCUCCUCCGGGGGCUCCGGCACCUCGCCCCAGCCCGUUGACAGACCCUGCGGCGGCGAAGGCGCCGCCGGCAACAGCGCCGGCACGGUCGAUGUCGACAUGGCAGGCGGCGACACCGGCGGCGCCAUCGGCGGCGCGUCCAACGCCGCCGCCAGCGGCCGCACCGCCGCAACGAGCCAGCGCCGCCGCGGCAGCGCCGAUGGCGAGGCGGAGGUAUCGGCUGGCCAGCAGUCAUCGUCACCGAGUAGCGGCAGUGGCGGCGGCGGCGCGGGCGGCGGCGGCGGCAGCGGCUCCCACUCGCACUCCCACUCCGGCCUGGAGGCCCUUCUGGCGGCGUGUGAGCUGGCGGCAUCAGGGCAGGACGCCUCCGGGCCGCGGGACAGGGCGGCCGGCGCCAGCUCGGGUGCCGCCGGCGCGGCGGCCGAGCACGGUGCCGGCCCGCCGCGGCUGUCGCACCCGGGCAGCACCAGCAGCACCCCGCGCAAGGCCCCGACGCCGUCCACGCUCACGCCCGGCCCGCCGUCGGCGCUGGCUCUGCCCGCGCCGCCGCCGCCGUCGGCGGUGACUGAGGCCUCCUCCCUGCCACUGGCGCUGCAGCAGCUGCCGCCGUCACAGCUGGCCGCGCUGCAGCAGCUGCAGGCGCAGCUACACGCGGCCGCCGCCGCCGCCGCGACCAGCGCCGCCGCCGCCGCCGCCUCCUCCUCCACCGCCAUCUCGCCGUCCGCGGCCGCGGCCGGCGCAGCCGCCUUCGGCCUGCCACCCCUUGGCCUGGGCGCCUCUCGCAGCUUCCCCGGUCCCGCCGGUGCCGCCGUGUCGGCGGCCCUGUCCGCUGGCAUAGUCUCCGAGGAGCACCGCGCGGCACUGCUGUCACUCAGUGAGGAUGGGGCGCUGGCGCUGGCUGGCGGUGCUGGUGCUGCUGGUGGUGCGGGUCCGUUGCGUGCAGACCUGAUGGCGAUGUUGAUGCCGCUGCCGGGCGCGGCGGCGGGCCGCGGCGGCGGCGGCGGCGGUGCUGCUGCUGCUGCUGUUGCUGGGCAAGAUGGUGGAGGUGGUAAUGCCCAGCAGCAGGGGCCGAGCUCGGCGUCGUACCUGUCCUCCAACGCCUUCAGGAACCGCCGCCACAAGAGCAAAGUGUUCAUCAAGCCCAACAAGGUGGUGUACCUGCCCACCACCUUUGUUGAGGAAGAGUUCGAGGUUACGGCCCUGCCGCUGGACUGCGAGCUGCAGGUGGAGGCGGACGGAGUGCUGGCGGCGGAGACCUACCGGGUGACGAUCAAGUCGGUGCCGCGGCAGGGCCUGUCCACUAUGUACUGCAUGACCAACGUGAUGCGCUUCCAGCAGCAGUACCUCAACUGGCAGAUUUUCAACUGGACGCGCCUGGACGCACGACACAUCCGCAUCCACCUGCAGUCGCCUGCUGCGGCGGCCGCCGCCAACCAGGGCCUGGCGCCGCAGCGACCCGACCUGGACCGCUGCGCCUCCCUGCCCGAGGCCACCAUGGGGCUCAGCCUGGACCUGGGUCUGGGUCUGGGCGCACUGCCGCCAGCGCUGGCCGGAGCAGCCGGCCACGGCCUCCCCCACCAACACCACCAGCACCCGCACCAGCAGGGUCUGCGGGCGGAGCUGCUGUUGGGCGGCUACGGCCACGGCCACGGCGGCGGCGGCGGCCUGUCGCGCACCAGUGAGGACGGCAGUGGCGGAGCGGACAGCGCCUUGGGGCCCGACCCCGGCAGUGCCGGCGGCGGCAGGCUGCCGGGCGGCUUCGCCUCGGCCUCGCAGCUGCCGCCGCCAUCGAUUGGUCAGCUGCCGCUGCUGCUGCCGUCGCCGCUGCCGCCGUCGGGCGGCGGUGGUCUGCUCGGGCUGCAGGGCGGCGGCAUGGGGCGUGGCGGCGGCGCGGGCAGCAGCGGCUCGCUGAAGCGCAAGAGCGACACGGGCCGCUACAACCUGAGCAAGGUCGAGCGCCGCGUGGUGGUCAUGGACAGGGACCUGCCUCCCGAGCUGCGUGCGUCCAUGAGCGGCUACGUGCAGCGGCCCAGCCCCAUACCCGAGUCCCCGCCCAACGCCAGCCCCCCGCGCCGCGCCUCCACCGGCUUCAACCCGCCGCCCGCGGCCCCCACCGGAAGCGGCAAUAGCAUGCACCGCUCGCAACAGCUGCAACAGCUGCAGCUGACCCUGCCCCACCACCACACGGCCGGCGGCGGCUUUUCGGCCGGCGGCGCCGCCGCGGCAGCGGCGCUGGGGCUGUCGCUGCCGCCGCGCGGCCCGGGCGGCUCGGUGUCUCAGUCGGGCAUGAUUAUGCAGUUCGGCGGGAGUGGCGGCGGCGUUAGUGGAGGUGGAGGUUUCGGCGGCGCAAGCGGCUCGCUCAGCCCGGCGGCGGGGCUGCAAGCCAUGGCGGGUCUGCCGCCGCGGCCGCUGUCGGCGCACCACUCCGCGCCGCACCUGCAGCUGCUGCAGGCGCUCGGGCCGCUUCACAACCUGCAGAUGCCGGCGCUCCGCCCCAGCUCCGGCCAGGGCCAGCAGCAGUCGCCGCGGCUUGCGCAGAACGCCGCCAUCGCUGGCGCCCCUGCCACAUUGAAGCCGGAGCCGCAGCAGCGCAGUGACGGCGGCGGCAACGGCGGCUCUGACGGCGGCAGCAACACCGCCGCCGCCACUGCGGACAGCGCUCUGCUGCCGCCGCCGCCCCUGCAGGUGCUGGCGCCGCCUCCCCGCCUGGACGCCGCGCCCGCGGACUCGUCCCGCCCAGGCAGCAGUGGCGUGCUGCUGCCGCCGCCUUUGCCCCUUAACGCUGGUGUGGGCGUCGGCACAGGCGCCGGAGGCGGCGCCCCUGCUGCGCUGCUGGAGCAGCAGCUGUUGGAUCUGUCCAGGAAGCUGGGCGUGGCUGUUGGCGGUGGCGGCAGCGGCGGCGGCGCUGGUGGCGGCGGCAACAACGAGCUGUCGAGCAACAGUCUGGCGGCCCUGCAGAUGGCGCUCGCGCUGUUGAGCCGCGGUGCCGGCGGCGUUGGCGUUGGCGGUGCUGUCGGCCGCAUGCCCCCCCGCGGCGGCACGGGCGGCGGAGUGCGCGACGAGGCCGAGCAGCUCCCUCGCCAGCCUCGGUCGCAGCCUCAGGCUCAGCCUCAGCCGCAGGCCCAGCCUCAGGCGCAGCCUCAGCCUCGGCCGCAGCCUCAGGCUCAGCAGCAUGACGACGGGCCUCAGGGCCAAGGCGGCCAGGGCGCGGCUGCGUCAAUCGCAGCAGGUGCGGAGCGCAAGGCGGCGAAUGCCGCCGAGCCCGCGCCCGAGCUCGAGGACGCCAUGGACACAGACCCGGACCUGCCCCACCGCAUGCCGCUGGCGGGCGCCGGCGACCGCCGCCGCCUGGGCCACGGCGCCCCGCUCAGCGACAGCGGCAUGGCCCCAGAGGCAGGAGACGCCGGUGCUGGGCCGGCUGCGCCGCCAGGCGGCGCCGGCGGCGCCAGCGGUCCUCGGCUCGGCAGCGGCUCCGGCCGUCUGAUGGACUUCACCCGCAUGCACAGCAUGGGUGCGGCCACCGGCGGCAUGGGCAGCGGCAUGGGCAGCGGCAGCGGCGUGCUGAGGACGGCGGAGGAGCUGGCGGAGGCUGCGGAGCUGGCGGGCAGCGGGGGUGCGCGGGGCGGCCCCCUGUUUGAGGACCGCGCCAGCGGUGGCCGGCUGACGGCGGCGCUGGGCGGCGGCGGCGGUGUGGGUGCCGGCGUUGGAGACGCUUUCAGUGGCUUGCUGCAACACGGCGGCGGCGGCGGCGGCGGCGGCUAUCGUGGCGCGGCCCGAAGCCUGUCGCACGACGGCUCCCUUCGCAGCGGCACCCUGCAGCAGCUACAGAUGGUGCGCGACCAGAUGCACUUGCAGCAACAGCACCAGCACCAGCAGGCUCAACAGUUGCAGCAGGCCCAUCAUGAGCGUCAGGAGCAGCAGCUGCAGCGGCAUGAGAUGCAGCUGCACCAGCAGCAGCAACAACACGCAUGGCAGGAGCGCAUCGGCGGCGUGCGCCCGGACGUGCCCAACUUUGGCAUUGGCCGCAUGCAGUCCCAGCGCCGUAUGCAGCUGCCGCCGCAAUUCUUGCAGCAGCAGCAGGCUCAGCAGCAGCAAUUCCUGUUGCGCCAGGAUCAGCAGGCGCAGCACGCGCUGCACGCAGGCCCCGGGGUCCACCACCCCAACCACCACAUGCACAUGCACCCCCACAGCAGCAGCCUGCAGCAGCACGCGCACAGCCAGCGGCACUUCCUGGCAGCCCGCCAGCACCAGCACCAGCAGCACGGCCCUGACUUUGGCGGCCCGCCGCCGCCCUCGCGGCCACACAGCAUGAGCGGCCUGGAGGGGUCGCCCCUGCACGGCGAUGGCAGCGGCAGCCGCUCCACAAACCUCCCCAAGCUGAACGUCGGCAGCAGCAGCCACAACCACAAUCUUGGCGGCGGCGGCGGCGCCGCCGGCCUCAACCUGGCGCGCCCUGCCUUCGACCUCGCGGCGGAGCUGUCCGCGGCGGCGGCCGCGGCGGCGCGCAGCAGCGGCGGCGGUGUCGCCGCCGCCGGCGCCGCCGGCUACGCUGGCGCCGGCCGGCGCAGCCUGACGGGCGGUGAGCACUUGGCGGCUGGCGGCGGCCGUGGCGGCAGCGGCGGUGGUGGGCUGGGCCCUCUGGGCCUAGGCCUGGCGCAGCACGGUCUCGACCUGAGUGCCUGCAGUGCCUCGGAGCUGCUGUCACUGCUGUCGCCCAGCAAGCGGGUGCGGGUGGCGGGCACCGCGCCGCCGCUGCCGCUGCCGGCCCCGCAGCAGGAGGCCGCCGAGGCGCGGCCGCAGGAGCUGCAGCCGCAGGGCGGGCCCCUGGCGCGGUCGGAGGGAGGGCUAGGUGGCAGUGGUGGUGGCAGUGGGGCUGCUGGCGCUGCGGAGCCGAUGGAUGUGUCGGGCCCCGGACCGGUGCCAGCCCCUGGACCCAGCGAUGGCGGCGGUGACACCCGCGACAAGGGCGCCGAGGCACUGGCGGCAGCGCAGUGACCGCGUGCGCAGGCUGCGCGCCGGGUGCUCAGCACUUGAUGUGGGAGAGUCGGCUGGAGACCUACCGCUCGAUGGAAAGUUGAGGGCGCUGCGGCGCUCAGCUGGCAUUACACUGCGCCCACGGAUGGGUUCUAGUGAUCGUUUGGGUUGCACUGCGGCGCUAAGAUGGCAUUACACUGCGCCCACGGAUGGGUUCUAGUGAUCGUUUGGGUUGGCGCCCAACCAACCAGAGUCGCUAGUAGCGAAGUUGUUAGCAGCUUAGUGCGUUUGAUAGGUCGCCCAGUCAAGAUAGGAUGCCUCCCGAGCUCGAGCGCGGGUGGUGGCGUGUGCUAGCAGUUGCUGUGUCCAGGGAUUCGCUGCCUCCGCGUAAGCAGCGCGUAUCAUCAGUACGACUUGUGAGACAAGCGGCACAUGCAUGGACGCAUGGCCUUGGUGGCAUUGAUGGGUAGGUUCUGAUUCCUUGUCAUGCAGUAUCCCUGGUUUCUUUAGGUGCAUGACACUAAAGCACUGCCAUUUCAGCUAUUUCUGGCUCCAUCACUUUUCUCUCAGACAUUACUCUCUUAGGCAUGGUGUGACAUGGUCUUUGUGUAGGAUGCGAACCUGUGUAGCUAGUGACGAGUACGGCGCGGCGCACUAGGGCCGGCUGCAUCUGUGUCGUUGACGAAUCGCAUCUCUGCGACUUGCUUCCUCACCAAUUCUUAUGCUUCUUGGUGACGCUGUGGGAGAAUGCCUGGGCUGCCUAGCGGGGCUCCCCAAUUCAUGACUUGGCGGGAGAAAGCCAAUUUCCCUUUUUCCCGGCCUGCCAUACCAAGACUUUCACUGGUGUCCGUGGUAUUACAGCGUACAUAGGCGAGUACAGAUGGUUGAGACGAGGUUUGGCAGCGUGUGUCAUGUUGCUUGUAGUGCUCUGCUGGGCCGACGGGCGCGCAUUUCCCGCCCGCCUGCACGGCCCAAGCCCAGAGGCCUUUCUCUCUGCGCAACACGCGGUGGUGGAUGCGCUGGUAGUGCAGGCUUUGGAAGAGCAUCCCGGCAUUGGCUACCGGGGCCAGGUCGCCAACUCAGUUGUCGUGCGUGUUGUGUCGUUGUGUGACUCCUUGACUUGUUGGUGAACAUGACUAAUCAUGCGAAUGCUAAUUUCUCCAUUCUCUUAGCACGUACAACGUUAUUUUGGCAUGUGCGGGCCCCUCGGUUGGGGGCGCACACGGCGCGGUGUAUCGUAGCCUGCUAGGCGCCGCAAAACACAGGGCGCCGCAGAACAUUGCAAGCAGACAUGAGAGCUGCAAGGAUGGCAAGAGGUCGGCCGUCCGCGGGGCACAGGCAGAAGAGAAGAAGCUUUUUGCCGAACUCGGUUGCGGACGUCGUCGUUUUGGAUUUUGUGAGGCAUGCGGUACGGCCUCGGUGUAGUGUGUACGUCAGCGAAUCAUGCGGGUGGGCUCCUUUGUGUUGGUGUGUCGCAGCGCCACUGCGGCUGCUCCGCCAACGCUAGGCGCUGUCUGGAGGCGCCAAAGCAAGUGGGAGUUAGUAAUAGGAGGCACUAGGUAGUAUGGCUAUUGACCGCCGUGGGGGUGAUGCACUCGCGACCUGGUAGCGUGUUGAAUAGGCUGGCGUAAGUUGUGAACGUGGGGAGACGGCGCGUGUCGGUGUAGUUUGAUUGUGUGUGCGCAUACCUGUAGUCAUGUAACAGCGACAACAU